AUGAUGACUUACUGGAGCCCGCAAUCCUUACUGCUUGUUAUUGUUUAUAUUACAAUAACUUAUGCCGAAAAUGAUUGGAAUCUGGAAACAACCAGUUUUGAGUUCAAUAUCACUCAUGUACUUUUUCAAAGCAUUCUUUAUUGUGGAAGUUCAAUAAUUUGCGACAAAUCUUUUCUAUCAAUUUUCGACAUACCAAACCAAAGCGAUUCGAAUACACCAAGAUGCGGAACUUGUUCUUGUAAUGAAACAUGUUUGUCUCCUUACUCCUAUGAAAAUUGCUGUCCAGACGUUUUCUUUAGGCAUGGGCUUCGGGAAUGUAGAGAUGUUAAGGUUUUAUUGAAUGGGACACAUUUUAAAGAAGUAAUUGGUUCAUGCCCUGUCGGAACCAAUUUUAACUUAUCAACAGAAUGUACAAAGGAGAGAUCCAAAGUGGAUAUUCUUCUUCAUCCGCCAGUGACUAGUGCCAUCACGAAAAUUUCAUACAUCAAUAAGUACUGUGCUUCUUGUAACAAUGCAUCUUUGUUGGAAGAAUGGAAUGUGAAUAUUGAAUGCGAAAAGGAAACAGAUUUCAACUUUCUUUCAUCGUACCAAGAAAUUAUAGAUUUAGCAAUUAUACAGUCAUGUAGGAUAAUAUAUAUUUCCCCAAUUUCGGCUCGAAAUUGUUCUAAGAAAUCUGAUGAAAAAAUAGGAUCUUGUAAUGUUACAGGAUCGUGGUUAUUUUAUGACAAACAAAUAGAGCAAGCUUGUCUCAGCCAAUAUGAUGUUACAAUAGGUAUCUUUAGAAACAUUUUCUGUGCCAUGUGCAAUCCACCUAAAUUUGAAGAACGUUUAGUAAUAAAUCAAUGUGAAAAUUCUACCAGUAUCUACAAAAAAGCAUGUUCUUUUCAACCAAUAUUAGAAGCCUCGUUUCCGUACAAGAAUUUCUUUUGCUUUGUUUGUAACCAAGGUGAUAACAACACUCAGUAUUAUACCGAUGUUGAUUUCAAAUCAGCCUUUGAGUUCUAUGAUGAGAACAGUGAAAAUCCUUUUCAAUCCACAAUAUCGUUCGAUUAUAGUGAUGCUCAUAUAAAGCAAUACGUCAAUGAGGUCCUCAGAAAACCUACUCUAGGAAAUACUCUGCCUAUAAAAGAAAACCUCUAUAGAAAGAAUUAUCUGUUGAAAUGCCCAACACGAUUUGACUUUCAGUCCUCUCCUAUCGGUCCUCCAGGAGUACGUUCUGAUUUACACUCGCCACCCAUACCUUCUUUUUCAUUCAAGAAACCAUCAUCUUCAAUGAUUAGAGUUCCAAAAAUAAAUAUAACUAGUGUACUUAUAACAAGCUUUGCAUUUUCAUCUCUUGGUGCCUGCAAACCAGAAUCCUUGCCGAACUACACAAUUACACUUCAGAAAUCCUGUUCAUGUAAUGUAGGAUGCAGAGAAGACUGCUGUGACGAUUUUGCAUUUACACAGCCUUGGACUUGUAUUGAUGAUCAAUUCAACAGGGACGAAGAUGAUCAAGGUAAAGAUUACUUGGCGAUUGGUGGAUGUAUUUGGGAUCAAAGUGUGGAACAUUUUUGCACUGAUGGUAAUGUGUCACAAUUUUAUCAGGCGUUUCCUGUGACAAAAGGAUUCAGAGAAACCUAUGUAAAUUUAUUUUGUUAUUUGUGUAACAAGAAAACCCCAGACGGAAUACACAUUUCUGAAAACUUGACACAAGAAUUAUACGUUUGGCCUCUGGAAGCUGAUUGUAAUACAUAUAUAAAUUAUAGAAACUUUCAAUCAUUACAAGAACUCAUUUAUCAUUUUAACAGUAGUUCCUGUGUAUUGAGGUUUUCACCACCUUAUGAUACUGAAAAAUGCAGUGAUUUCUGUCAUCAAGGACAGUACAACAGUAUCCAAAGUUGUAAUAUUUCUGGAACAUGGACAACAUUUAAUGAAGAUAUCAAGAACGCUUGCGAAUUAACAGAAGUUUUCAGAUUUCCAAUGAUUGAAGUGGGUAAUAUCUAUUAUAAAAAUAAAUUUUGUAGCAUUUGUAACCCAUUUCCGGAACUUUCUAUUGAUGGUCCCUGCAGAGAUGUUCCCAAAAACUCCAGCGUUGCAAGAGCUUGUCAAGAGUUUCCUGAUAUAAAAGUUUGCUCUCCAUACAAGAAUGUUUUCUGCGAAAUGUGCUCUAAUAAUGGAGCAGUCUCUGAGUGUUACAGAGAAGUCGCAGUCACAACAGGUUUACCUCCUCCCACUUCACCACCCACGCCUGUUCCCCCUGAAGAAAUUGGCACAUUCAGGUCUACAUUUACGCUAGCUGCUUACAACACCCCAGACACUUACCAAGAAAAAUACAUAACGUGUCAACAGAAUCAGGUCUUGGAUGAAAUUCAGCAUACAUGCAGGAACCUGACAUGCUUUCCUGGCAAGAUCCUUAUAAACGAUACAUGUGUUUCCUUACUUGCUCUUACUUCUCAUUUGCGAUAUACGCUAGCCAUGAAGAUUGAAGUUCAUACAUUUGGCAUAGUUAAUGUAACAGUUAAAGAAUUGAUGGAAUAUAUGAGAGAUCAAAUUAUGUUUAUGAUGAUUAAUUCACUCGACACUUAUGUGUACAUUGAAGAUAUUAUACUAAUGAGUUUAACAAGCUGCACAAGUGUAAUUGCUGAUCUUAAUGAAAUGUUUGUGUACUUAAAAGUUUUCUUCCCUGAUACCGUUCAUCGAGAUAAGAUGGAGAAAACACUGAUUAAUUUAACUGAAUCCUCUGCAAAAUGGAAUUUGAUAGUCAAAGCAUUGCCAUCCGGGAAUUCAUCUGUGUUGAAUAUCAAAGUGUCUAGAAGUCAGCAGUCCUUGUUUUUACCGUCAUUUUUGUGGAAACUUGACAAAGAGGUCCACUGUUUUGUUCUUGCAAAUGAAUUGAAACAUGGACCAGCAUUAUACAGAAAUGUGUUUGUGAGCCCUUUGUUGACAUGCCCUCAAAUGAUUCUGAGGGACAAAGAAUUUGGAAUUAAUUGGAAAAAAAUCAGGAUUGAAUAUACUUUUUCAGAAUUUUCUCUUUCCUCUCAUCAGUUUGGGUCUUCAGAAGGUGGUGGAAUAAGGGUCUGUGCUAAGGAUAUACCAUCAUACACCAAUGCAUUGAGAUCAGUGGUGGUGAAAAAUGACAGCUUGACCCUCACAAUUGUAACUCUUAUUUGCAUUAUCAUUUCUUUGCUCUGUUUGUUAAUAACAUUUAUAACAUACUGUAUAUUUCCAAUUCUUCGAACUCUCCCUGGCAUAAACAACAUGUGUUUAGUGGUAUCUCUGUUUUUAGCGCAAUUUCUUAUGAUAGUUAGGCCGUCUUUUAGUUCAACAGGUUUAGCAAUAGUAUCUGCCCUCUCUCAUUUUUCUUGGCUUUCCAUGUUCUUGUGGCUUCAAGUCUGCUCUUUCCACAUGUAUCGCGUAUUUAGUGCAAAAAGUCGAUCAGAAUUUAACGGUAAUCAAAACAGAAAAAUAGUGAUGCAAUAUAUCUUUUACGCUUUUGGUAGUUCUUUAUUUUUUGUCACAAUCAAUAUCUUUGUGACGUUGAUUGUCACAAAAGGCGAAAAUACAGGAUAUGACAAUGUGUCAACGCUAAUGACGUACAAACUAGCAUUUAUUAUAACACUCAUAACUCCUCUAUGUUUUGUAUGUGUGACAAAUGUUAUAUUUUAUAUCCUAACCGCCUACAAAAUACAUUCUACCCCUAGUAUAGAAAGUACGACUGGUAACAGGGUCCACUUUGCCGUAUACGUAAAGUUAUUUUCUCUGACCGGGUUGUCGUGGAUUUUGCAGAUCAUAGAUACAUUCGUGGCGUUCUCUGUCUUAUCCUACUUUGUUGCUAUUCUGAAUGGCCUACAGGGCUUUUUUAUUUUUAUGAGCUAUGUUUGUAAUCAGAGAGUAUGGAAGUUGUACAAGAAAAAACUUUGCAAAUUUCCUGUUUAUAGUCCCAAAUCAAGUAUCACCUCUAAAACAUAUACAACAUCCAUGUAAAUCACAUGUUCAGUUGAGCUCAUUGAAAUAGAUAAAUAUUGCUUUGUAUUUAUUAUCAUUGUAAUAUAAUGCAUUCUUGACGAUACAUUGAAAUGAUUGAUUGCAUAGAAUAUACCGAUUUUAUCAUUAAAAUAAGCUGAAACAUUGAA